GUGGACACCCCCAGCCCAGUGCCAUCCCCUUCAAUACGAGGGUGCGUCCACCGGGCCCACGUUGAGAAGCCCCGUAGACCAUCAUCCGAACGUGACACAUUACAUACGAACGUAACCGAAUAAUAAUCUAUAGCAACUUCGGAGAUAUUUUUGUUUGUUUAAAUAAAUAUCCCACCCACCCCCCCUCUUAAAAUCGAAUCCGUUCAUUAAUUAAUCAAUUAGUGAAUCAAUUCACGAGACCCCCCUACCCGAUUAACAGUUCAAGAAGAAGCCACGAUGCCGUCCUACUCGCUCGCCAAAAUCCCAGGCAGCCACUCCAGCGGGGCUGCCAUCAAGAGUCGAGGCGCCAUGGUUCUGGGGACCAAGGAGAAGAAGUUCGAGGAACUCCGGGAUGAGUGCCUCAACUCGGGAGCCCUCUUCGAGGACGCCGAUUUCCCUGCCGAGGCCGAGUCGGUGUUCUACAGCGACGCGGCGGCUGGCGAGAGAUUCGUGUGGAAGCGACCGUGGGAAUUUGUGAACGACCCGCAGUUUAUCGUCGACGGGGCGACGCGGACGGACAUCGAGCAGGGGGAGCUUGGAGACUGCUGGCUGCUGGCUGCCAUCGCGUCUCUCACGCUGUCGCCCAAGCUGCUGGAGCGCGUCGUGCCCGAGGGUCAGAGCUUCGGGGACGACUACGCCGGCAUCUUCCACUUCAAGUUCUGGCAGCACGGCGAGUGGACGGACGUGGUGGUGGAUGAUCGCCUGCCCACGUACAAGGACCGGCUCGUCUUCCUGCACUCGGCUGACGGGCACGAGUUCUGGAGCGCCCUGCUCGAGAAGGCCUACGCCAAGCUGCACGGCUCGUACGAGGCCCUGAAGGGGGGCAGCACGUCAGAGGCGAUGGAGGAUUUCACGGGCGGCGUGGUGGAGAUGUACGACACCAAGGAGGUGCCCGAGAACUUCCCUCAGCUGAUGAAGAAGGCGCUGGAGCGGGGAUCCAUGCUCGGCUGCUCCAUCGAUGUAACGAGCAGCGCCGAGUCCGAGGCUCGAACCACCACGGGCCUGGUGAAGGGCCACGCCUACUCCAUCACCGGCUUCGACGAGGUGGAGGUCAGAGGUCACAAGAUCCAGCUGGUGCGGGUUCGCAACCCGUGGGGCCAGGUGGAGUGGAACGGCGCUUGGAGCGAUGGGGGCCCCGAGUGGAAGCAGGUCUCCGCCAAAGAGAGGACGCGACUGCAGCACCAGCAGAAGGACGACGGGGAGUUCUGGAUGUCCUACAGGGACUUCAUCGCGAACUUCCACAAGGUGGAGGUGUGCAACCUCACCCCGGACGCGCUGGACGACGACACGCCGGGCAACUGGACCGUGUCCACGCACGAGGGCCGCUGGCUCAACGGCUGCACGGCCGGAGGCUGCCGCAACUUCCCCGAGACGUUCUGGACGAACCCGCAGUUCCGUCUGAAGCUGGAGGAGGAGGACGACGACCCCGACGCAAAGGGGCAGAAGGGCUGCUCCUUCAUUGUGUCGGUGCUGCAGAAGAACCGCCGGCACCAGCGCAAGCUCGGCGCGCAGAUCUACACCAUCGGCUUCGCCAUCUACCAGCUGCAGCAGCAGGGCGGCCACCUGCCCAAGGACUUCUUCCUCUACAACGCCUCCAAGGCGCGCAGCAAGCAGUUCAUAAACCUGCGCGAGGUGUCGCAGCGCUUCUGCCUGCCGCCCGGCAACUACGUCAUCGUGCCCUCCACCUUCGAGCCCAAGCAGGAGGCCGAGUUCGUGGUGCGCCUCUACGCCGAGAAGAAGAACGGGUCCAAUGAAAUGGACAACAGCAUAUCUGCCGACAUACCACCAGAGCCCGUGGUUCCCAAGCAGCCUGAGACGGAGGAAGACAAGCAGAUCAAGAAUGCCUUCAAAGUCCUCGCUGGAGAUGACAUGGAGAUCAGCUCCCUCGAGCUUCAGAGAAUCCUGAAUAAAAUCGUCAUGAAACACCCUUCACUCAAGACAAAGGGCUUCAGCAUUGAAACUUGCCGUGGGAUCGUGGCACUUCUGGACAAAGACGGCAGUGGCAAGCUGGGCUACGAGGAGUUCAAGUACCUGUGGUUUAAGAUCAAGAAGUGGGUGGACAUCUACAAGGAGUUCGACACCGACCGCUCGGGCACGAUGGCCUCGUACGAGAUGAGGUCUGCCGUCGAGGCUGCAGGUUUCAAGCUUACCACGAUGUUGCACGAGCUCGUCGCCAUGAGAUACGCGGACGAGAAUUUGGAGAUCAACUUUGACGGCUACGUGGCCUGCCUCACGCGACUCGAGUCCAUGUUCAGAAUCUUCGCUGCCUUUGACAAGAAAGGGACGGGCAUGAUCAACCUGGGCCUGAAUGAGUGGCUGCAGCUCACCUUGUACUCGUGAACGUCGCGCGCGAGUGGACGGGGGCGGUCGGCCAGAGCGGCGCUCUCCGUAGCCGCGGCUUCGUCCAACGAGCAAACGACGUCGGGAGCCCAACCACGACUGGCACGCGGGGAGGGGGGGAUUGGGUGGGGGGGCUUUGCCCACACGCAUGUGCGCGCGCGUGGCAUGGGUAGCUACGAUGAUGAUGCUGACGACGACGCCGCCGAUGAUGAUGUUGAUGACGUUCAGCUGCUUCUUUAUAUGCAAUCUUAAUGGCAGCUUUUGUUGGCUUUUGGUGUCGUGGUCAUUAUAAUAAGAGUGGAAGACUGGGAAUUGGUAAAAGUUGUGGGGUGGGGGGGGGGUGCAUGGUGGGGGCGGUGGGGGUUGUAGUGGGGGGGAACAAGAAGGGGGGGGGACUGCAAAGAAACGUUAGUCGAUCGCUGGAAGACGAGACCGAUGGUACGAACAUGAAAGGACCCACGAGUGAACGUUCAAGACCUCCCGCAGCUCCGUGAGGCUGGUGCCUCUGUUGGCUUUACUACCCCCAACGAAUGCAUCUGCUGUGACAAUGCUUGCUUUUAUCUGUGCACGAUUUAUCUGGAGGGGGGGGGGGGGGUGGGAAGAGACGUUUUGGUGGUCCAAUCUGGCCCCAUGGUUGUUAGCAAAACGACCCGGACAGCCAAUUUUCUUCUUGCAGUGCAAUUUGUUUUGCCGUUUGAACAAUCAUGUGCCUUGCUGCCACCUUUGUGUUGGAUGGUCACCCAUCCUUGCACUAAAACCGUUCAAAUGUUAACAGCAUGCAGCACUACUUGGGUUGGGCAGUGCACCAAAAUCCGUUGUUGUACUGUACUUCAAUGCUCUCCGCCUUCGCCAACCCGCACCGACCACCGUGGCAAAGUACAGCCAUAACCUCCCGCCCUCCACGACCCGCACUGUGUGGGGCUGCCCUCAUCCAGCAGUGGAUUGCACGUGCUUUCUUGCAUGGGCGUGACUCUCCACAGGGACUGUAUCAUUUUGCCCUGGGUGGGGGUGAGAGGAGCUCAAAGCUGGAUGACCUGCAACUGAAAUUCUCUCCCCUCCAGUUGGUCCAACCCAAGGUCUGUUACUCAGGACAGAGGCCUUGGGAAUUUUCAGUAGUUAAGUUCCGUCUGGUGCUACGUUGCAAAAGUGAAUCGACGGGGUAGGUCGAUGGUGUCACUUAGGAGAUUCAUAUUUUUUGUGGGUGUUUUUUUGUUCAUGUUAAGGGAAUUUUCUAUUUUGUUUGGCACCUUGUCAGUAUUGUAGGAAAUCAAGUUGCCAAACUUUCACUCAGUGGGGGGAAAAAUAACUGGAGAACUUUCAUAAUCCAUGAAUCGGCACUUUCUAAUCACUUUCAUAAACCAUUCUCAUUCAGGGCUUAAUCUCUCACUCCAGUGUAUGUAACACUGCUCAGCUGGCUUGGAGUAUGUAUUAGCCGCAUAAGGCACUAACCACUAGAAUACAAGGCAUGCCUGAUCCUAUAUUAUUUUACCCUAUAUCAAUCCCUAUAAUCCUAUGAAUAGGUUUGGUUUGAGGACAAAAUAAGUCAAGAUGGAUGUGGCAAGCCAAAAUUAUUCCCGGUAGUGUUCCUUUCCGGACCAUUCCGGCAGAGAACGAGCACUGAUGGUGCUUUACAGUGGGCAUUUCCUCUUGACGGGCAUCACGAAUCAACGCAGAGGACUUGUGGCUGGUUUAUCUAUCCAGCAUGGUGCAAACCAGUGAGCAGAACCAAAGACUCGGACCGGAUCUCCAUUCCUCAUGGGAAUGGAGUUGGGGUUACCAGGUUCAGCUUCUUGACAAGGCAUUGUUCAGGACCGUGUUACCCACUCUGUUCUUCCUCCUGUUUGGGUUGAAAUUAAAUAAACGACAGAUCCAA